GUACAUCGUUUCUCCCUACACGGCCGAGGCGAAGAGAAGGGGAUUUGUGGAUGGGGCGUACCCCAAUCUUUUUCGCGACGUCGACCCAGUCAGACAGAAGGCGUUCGAUGAUUGGUUCAAAUCCCUUAAGUCCGAAGAUAGUUAUACCAUCGGCUGUAUGACCGUGCCCAAUGCUAAAAAGUGGUUUGAAGAUGUACUGACGACCUCAGCUUGGCUCGUUGAUGAUCAUAUCGACUUGGCUAUGGAAUUGUUACGCGAUCGGGCGCGGAGAUACCCGAGAUCUUAUGACAGUCCUACUCGAGUUAUCUUGAGCGCUGAGUUCGUUCGUGUCGUAGAUAUUGAGCAUCAGGAGCUCCUAAGCAAGGGGAAUGAUUAUGUUCUGUCUGAGUACAUGCUGGAGUGGGUGAUUGGACUACAGUUAAGGUGCGGAAAGCCGUGGACGGAUUGUACACAUAUGUACAUUCCAGUGAUCGCGAACUCACACUGUUUUUCGGUAGAGAUCGUAUUUGCUGAUUCCACCAUAUAUGUGUACGACUCUGAUCAUAGCUGUCUGACACAAAGUCAACUGAAGCAAAUACUGGAGCCAUUGGCUAUGAUCGUGCCCAUGAUGGCUAGUCAUGCGAUGAUUCGAGUAAAUGAUAGAUUAGCCAUUGUGCGGAACACGACGACGGCGAGACAAGAAAGAUCAUAA